AUGCAACAAAAGAAACCCAUAGUUGUUCUGAGCAAAAUGAACGCCCAUAUGGCGCACGGAGUAGGAGUGGUUGGGGCGUGCCAACGCAUGGUGAUCCAACAAAGUCUACCAGCUGGAUCACAGUUGUUCAAGUCCACAACCCUAAAACCCAAACCAGAUGGGCAAAAAGGCGAUAACAGUAGGGAGAAAAAGCCAAGGCAGUCGCGAGAUGAAGUCCCUGGGAAGGAAGCAGAUAACAAAAGAGCAGACGGCCCACCAAAAACCAUUCUGUCGGAGCCAUCCAAGGCUGAGGGAGUAAAAAAGAUGGUGAAACUGGCAACACCUAAUAUUCAAGCCAUGGCGUGUAGUAUCCUUUUGGGAGGACAACCGUUAGGAGUGCUACUAGUCUAUCGCGCACCGCAUGCGGAACCCACAGAAGAUAUGGAUUUACUUGCUACAGUGCAGGAAUUCCUGUCGAGCACCCAAAGGAUCUUAAUUCUGGGAGAUUUCAAACUUCCGGAGAUCUGUUGGGUAGAGGGAGAGGCUCCCGAUCUCCAAAAUCCUAAGUUGAUGUUUGCCGAUGAUGUCAAAGUAGCUGGAAAAGGAUUGGAACAAGAUCUAGAUGCAGUUCGAAGGCGAUCAGAUAUGUGGGAUCUACCACUGAAUCUAGCUAAGUGUCAGCUCUUGACAACAAGAGCCAAUGAUGACACGAGAGGUGUGAUGCAUUUGCAGCAUGUCCCUGGGGCAAAGGAUCUAGGGAAACCAACAGUGACUCGGAGUGUUGGAAGCCAACGAAAGUGCCGACGACACAAGGAACUGUACGCGCGAUUGGCAAGAGCCACAAUUCCUCGUGUGAGCACUGAACUGAUCUGUACUAAACGAGAAGGGCAUAGUGAGGAACCUGAAGAGUAA